AUAAAGAACCCACACAUACAAAGAAUUGUAAGUAAACUUGUAUUGAACAUAAAAUAAUGAAGUCAGUUCAGCACAAUUUGAACCAUUAAUCAAAAAGGCAGGUUUUCUGGAAGCUCCAUUUGAGGGCAUCAAGGACAUACUGAUGGCCUAAACCAGUGUCAGCCUAGACAGACAGACAUCUAUUGCAGUUCUGCUACACAAGACCAAACUCUCUGCUUUUGUAUGGAUGUCUGACUAGUACGGUGUUCUCUAAAGGUAUAACUGGAGCAAAACAACAGCAUCCGUUACAGUGAAAUUUGUGUUCAUAAAAGAUAGUGAUAUAUGUGUAACAGGUCCAGUACAUUUGUCAUAAAGGUUAAAUCACAGUAAGUACUGUAAAAAUAACUUGUUUGCCUCUGCCACAACAGGUCAUGGUGUGUGCUUACUGCUCAUAGUAAACACACACGCUGAUCUGAUGCGGGAGAGAUAUAUGCAAACAUAUUUGUAUUUACUGUUUUGUUUUGCCUCACUAAAGUGUUGUUGGAGCUUGGUAUGUUCACAGUUGAAAUCACUGAAGUCACAUGGAACGUUUUGACAAUGUGUUUUGUGCCUUAUCUGGACAAUGACCAUCUUGGGACCAUUGCUGUCUGUAGAGGAUGAGGAGCAUUUAAUCUAAAAUAUUUCAGUUUGUGUUCUGAAGAUUAACAGGUCUCUGGGAUGACACAAGUAAUUAAUAACAGAACCUAUAUGAACACUUAAUGUGACAUGUAAUAGUGAAAUAGUGGUCCUACAUUCACAAAUGUGAGCCAUUAUUAUAAGACCCAUGUGAACAUGCAAUUUUUAUGAUACUAAUAAUAAUGGAAUAACAAAUUGCUAUUACUGUUGUGUUUGUGAGAGAAAAUCAAACCAUAUAUUCUACACAUUUUCUUGAUGAUUUACUGAAAUAUUUGUCUACAUGUUCCACUGUCACAGGUGCUCAGUUUUGCUGCAGUAAUGCUAAACACAAUAGAUGUACUUUAU